GUGUGUGUGGGGGUGUGUGUGUGUGUUUGCAGCAACUGGUGGAAGAAAGCACAUACCGUAAUGAGCUGCAGAUGCAGUUGGACAGUAAAGAAAGUGACAUCGAGCAGCUCAGAGAGAAACUGAACGACCUGCAGCUGCGUAUGGAGAACACGAGUGUGACGAGUUUGCAGACAGACGAGGUGGACAGCAACACUGCAGGGAAUCUCUGAUGGCUCAUCUGGACCUGACAGUGUCAAAGGCAGAGUCGGAGCAGCUGGCGAGAGCAUUACAGGAGGAACAGUACUUUGAACUGAGCCAGGAGAGCAAGAAGAGUUUAUCACGACACAAACAGGAGCUAACCGAGAAGGAGUCCACUAUAGCACGGCUUGAGGAAUCCAACAAAACUCUGACCAAAGAUGUAGAGAACCUCAGCAGGGAGAAAGCCGAGCUAGACGAGAAUCUCCAAUCUCAGAAGGAUGUGUUUGAAGCUCAGAGAGAAGAAAUUUCAAAUGCCAUUAAGGCCAACUAUGAGAAGAUCCUCAACCAGGAACGGACACUUAAGACGCAGGCGGUGAAUAAACUGGCUGAGAUCAUGAACCGUAAGGACAUGAAGCUGGACCAGAAGAAGCGCGGUAGCACCACAGACUUGCGCAAGAAGGAGAAGGAGAACCGCAAACUGCAGCUGGAACUCAACCAGGAGAAGGAGAAGUUCAACCACAUGGCCAUCAAAUACCAGAAGGAGCUCAGCGAGAUGCAGGCGCAACUGGUGGAAGAAAGCACGUACCGUAAUGAGCUGCAGAUGCAGUUGGACAGUAAAGAAAGUGACAUCGAGCAGCUCAGAGAGAAACUGAACGACCUGCAGCUGCGUAUGGAGAACACGAGUGUGACGAGUCUGCAGACAGACGAGGUCGACAGCAACACUGCAGAAUCGAGAUUAGAAGGCUGGCUCUCAAUCCCGAACAGAGCCAAUAUCAAAAGAUACGGGUGGAGGAAGCAGUAUGUUGUAGUGAGCAGUAAGAAGAUUCUGUUCUAUAAUGAUGAGCAGGAUAAAGAGCAGUCCAAUCCCUCCAUGGUGCUUGACAUUGACAAACUCUUCUCUGUGCGUCCAGUAACCCAAGGUGAUGUAUACCGCGCCGAAGCAGAUGAAAUUCCCAGAAUAUUUCAGAUUCUGUACGCUAAUGAGGGCGAAUGCCGUAAGGAAGUGGACCUGGAGACCAUUCCUCAAGGCGAGAAAGCUAACUGCCUCGCUCACAAAGGGCAUGAAUUUGUCCCUACACUUUACCACUUCCCAUCAAACUGCGAAGCCUGCUCCAAACCACUGUGGCACGUCUUUAAACCACCACCCGCACUUGAAUGCCGCCGAUGCCACGUCAAGUGCCACAAAGACCACCUGGACAGGAAGGAGGACGUCAUCGCCCCAUGCAAAGUGAACUACGAUGUGACAUCUGCACGUGACAUGCUCCUGCUAGCUCUCACCCAGGAUGAGCAGAAGAAAUGGAUUGGCCACCUUGGCAAGAAGAUUCCCAAAAAACCUCUGUAAGAAAAUAAAAUGCCUAUUGUAAAAAUAAGACGAUGAUGUUGAAGAUCUUAAUGAAGAACAAGAAGUUUAUUCCAGCAUAGCAGUGACAAAAUACAUGAAGUACUUUGGGUUCAUUGGAGUCAAUAAGAAACCAGAGCAAAUCCUGCUCACGCAUUUUAUACUGUUUUCCUCUUUGUAGUUUAAAUGAAGUUCUGCUUUGAAGGUGUAUUGAGCGUAAGAACUGAGGGUCUCCCAAAUGGCUGGGUCACACCUUGUAAUUUUAGCCAGAUGUCAAUAAAUGCUAAUCACAGUCA